AUGAUCGGCAGGCUACUUUUGAACUUAAUAAUGGUGCAAACGAUUCUUACAAGAAUCAAUAUGGAAGACAUAAAGACAGUACAUGAGACUCUAGUUGGCAAGAAGCAGGAUGUGGUUAUUAACCCAAGAGGAUCAUUGAAUCUCCUACGUGGAUACAUUGGAAACCAGAAUGGAUAUAUGUACAACAAACGGUUUUAUUCCCCUGAAAUAGACACAGAUUAUACGUUGUCUAAGAAAGGACUAUCUAGUAAAAACAAACAAGAGUACAACUUUACAAGAAAACCAGUUAAUGACAGAGUAUACAAGGACAUAGCCACACAGACUCCCAAUGGGGAGUAUCUUAGCUCUUAUCAUGCCCAGCUGAUAAAGAUGUUUCCGUCUGUGGAUAGAGACCUCUCCAUUGAGGCAGGUAGAUCAAAUGCACUUACAAACUUUCUAAGAGCAGAUCACGUUAAGAAAGACACAAAGUACAUUCUUGCAGCGCUUCUUCUUCUCUCAGAGGGCGUUGACCUUAAAAUAAGUAUAGACCGUACAGGAAAGAAAAAUAAUCUUGUCAUAAAAAGUAAGACAUGCAAGGAAAAAGUAUUUUUGGAUGUAGAAAUGCAUAUGGAAGGCACAGAUCCAGUUACUAAGAAGUACAAAGAGGAUAUCUAUCAAAGUGAGGCAGCUGGAGUUGUCAAGUUCUAUAUGCAGUGCAGAGAUAAUCCACUUCUAAAGAAAGGGGGCAAGUUUGCAAUGCCUUCCACUAGAGAAGAGUUUGAAAGUGGCUUAUUUCUGAAUAACGCAGCCUUCCUCAUACAGACGUACAUAUACGAGUUCAUUGACACAGCAGAGAGUUACAAGGACUUUGUGAAUGCAGUGCAUGAACUAAUGGUUGAUCAAGUGGCUGAAAAGGAGAACCCGGAGCAGACUAAGAAGAAAGGUAAGAAGGGCAGAAUAUUUGAUGAGCUUUUCAUUGCAAAAGAUACACUUAGUGAGAACAUAAAGUACAUUGAAUCAUUCUGUGACCUUGUAAAAUAUACAAAUGAAAAUGCCGAUUUUCCCUUCUGCAAUAGUAGUCAACUGCCACAGUUUACUAGAGUGCCGCGUUGUAAACUAGACAAGUCUGGCUUUGAGAGAAACCAAUUCUUAUACUAUAGCAACUGCGUAGAAACAGCCCUUCUUGGACUGUUCUGCGGCCUAGCAUAUAAUCCAGAGACAGGAAAGUAUGAGACAGACCACAUGGGAACGGAAGUAAGCAAAGAGUUGAGAGACUUCUUUGAAAAGUAUCCUAAGCCAAAAGAAACCACUAACUUUGAAAUGCACAAGGAGUGGAGCCGAGUUGUUGCUUGCUUAGAGGAUGAAAAGAUUGACUACUGGAAGAGUAAAAACGAGCUUAUAGCUGGGAUUGCAAAUAUAUUUCUAGUAAUUGCAGAAAUAACAGGCCAGAAAGCAGAUAUAUUAGAGCUAGUUGAGUGUAUAGAGAAUGCAUGUAAAUAUAAAGAAUUAGAUAGUAAGCAAUCUGAAAUUGCAGAUAAGAUCGAAUCGAUUAUUAAGGCUUUAUCACUGAAUAAGAAUGUGAGAGUAGAGUGCAAACAAAUGAGACUUGGAAAGAGGUCAAAUGGCAAGGCAGAUAUUUUCUCUGAGAUUCGGGUUAUAUCGGGUUUCGGUAAAGUAUAUAAUGGAAUUUCUUUGGAUAUAAUACCGAAGCAUGCUGUUCUUACUUUUCUUCGAUCUUUAAAGAAUAAAUCUGCACAAGUUAAAGAAAAAUAUGAAGAAGUAAAAAAUACAUACAGUGGCGUAGACUGCUAUAUAGGAUACAUUGCAUACCAGUACGUUAGUGUAGAAUUGGAUUCUUUAAGUAACAGCCGUGAAGGCCUUUCAAAGAAUCUUAGAAAAACCAUAGAAUCAGUUAUACAGGAGGAAUCUAAAGGCAUAUCUAGAAUAUUCUUAUUGGAAAAGCUUUCUUCCAAUGGAAUUAAACGCUAUAUUAUAAAUAGCUUUAUACUUGAUACUGUAGACAAGGAAGUAGGCCAAACAAACCCUUUAACACGGUUCACAGCAAACAUUUUAGGAAGUGUUCCGCUCAAUGACCUUAACACAAGAAGUAUAGUUCUAGAAAGCUUCCCAUUUCAUACAAGCUGGCAGGAGUACUAUCCAAGACUUGGAUUUAAGCCAUCAGAGUUUAUUCCAAAGGAAGACGAUUUUUGGAAUCAGCUAGAGCCAGUGGAUGUAUACAGAACUCUACUAGAUGAUAUUCCAGAAUCUGCUGCAUUAAAAGCCACGUGCAACUAUCUUAGAGUAACUGCAAAUGACGCGAGAAUGAACAAUUCAAGAGUAGCUUAUAUAACCCGAGAUGCUUUGCUUGAUCUUAUCGUGUCUAAGGGAAUGAUAGAGGACUUGCUGAAAAUUCAAUCCAUUAUCAAAGAAUCUAUGGAAGACUGCGAUUUAAACUAUGUGUAUAUUACCUGGUUUAUUCAUGUAUGCUCAGGCGUUGAUGGGCCCUUAUUAGAAUCUAUUAAGACGAUUUACGACUCUAUAGCUUUCCAUAGCCAUUCAGAAUUAUUUAUGCGUAAAAAAGAAAUUUCAGGACCUUUGGAGUAUUUUGAAAAAGGUCUAAGUGUCUUAAAAGAAAAUAAGUAUUUAUUCUGCUCAAAGAAUGACAAAAAAAGUAUGAAAAAGUAUGAUACGCUGGUAUCGUACCUUUUUAGAUCCUGUUGGCGGCUAAACGAAAAAAAUUGCACGAGAUGCAGUAUAAGUUGA